AUGUGGAACUGGCUGAAUACUGAGGACCCUGGGAACUGUCUGAAUACUAAGGACCCUGGGAACUGUCUGAAUACUGAGGACCAUGGGAACGGGCUGAAUACUAAGGAACCUGGGAUCUGGCUGAAUACUGAGGACCUUGGGAUCUGGCUGAAUACUGAGGACCCUGGAAACUGGCUGAACACUGAGGACCCUGGAAACUGGAUGAAUACUGAGGACCCUAGAAUCUGGCUGAAUACUGAGGACCAUGGGAACUGGCUGAAUACUGAGGACCCUGUGAACUGGCUGAAUACUGAGGACCUUGAAAACUGGCUGAAUACUGAGGACUUUGAGAACUGGCUGAAUACUGAAGAUCCUGGGAUCUGGCUGAAUACUGUGGAACUGGCUGAAUACUGUGGAACUGGUUGA